AUAUAUAUGGCUAAGCUGUUCGGCCGACAGUGUCAUGUAACUCAGUCAACAAGGAACAACUACGAAACGAAAAGCUGAGUUUUUGGCUUCGAAAUCUCGCCAUGCGAUGACACUGAACCUCAAAAUCAUCUAAAUUUAUUUUUUAAAACUACAUCAGACCUCGACCAGCCAUGUAUUACUCAUCAGAAAGCUCCGAUGAGGGUAGUUCAAGUUGUGAUUUGACUUCCUUCACUUUGGACUUCUCGUAUUUGAUGCUUGAUAAUGAAACGAUUAGUGUCCACUUGAAAAACAGCAUCAGGGAGCAAGAGGAAUCAGCAUGUGUAAAAGUGAAUUGUGAAACGACGGUCGACGAGGGUGACAACGACAGACCGUCGAGUAGUGGUUACAGCGACAGCAAUUUUGUCACGAAGAUGUCUUCUUGUAAUGACUAUGAUGAUGACGAUGAAAGCGAACGUUACGAUCGAGUCACUAACAAACUCUAUCUCCACAACAACAUGCUGUUGACCGUGCCGUUCGAAAUUGUCAAGUUUUCCAAAUUGAAGAGCAUAGAUCUGUCCAAUAAUAGUCUUACACACAUAAAUGACUUUAUUUUACAACUCCCCGAACUACAGACUCUGUACCUUAAGAAUAACAGUUUGAGUAAUGAUGGGCUUCCUAAAGAUCUUCCAGUGUUGUCAAAAUUGAGGGAGUUGAAUAUCAGUGGUAAUAAUUUUACGCAUUUCCCCCAACUCUUGUACGAGAUGACCAACUUGCGGUAUCUGUAUCUCGGGAACAACCAAAUUACAGAAAUCCUCUCCGAUGUGAAAGCCAUGCAGGGGUUACAUGUACUACACCUUGGCGGUAACUUAUUAGAAAAUGUACCUGAUGAGCUUGGAGAGCUCCACCAACUUCAAGCUCUAAUUCUCUGUGAAAAUCGAUUGCGGAGUUUACCACGUUCCAUUGCAAGCCUCACACGCCUUCGAUCACUGCUGCUACAUAAUAACGACUUGUGUUGUCUUCCCGUUGGCAUAGUAAAGCUGAGAGGUCUAUUAGAGCUUAGCCUCCGUGACAAUCCCCUUGUUACAAGAUUUGUAAAUUCAUGUGCAAGAGAGCUGAUGUACAACCCACCAUCACUAUUGGAAUUAGCAGCCAGAGUAAUAAAGCUGAAGAAACUCCAUUACACAGAGGAAGAUCUUCCAAAGUCUCUCAUAACAUAUUUAAGCUCUGGUAACAGAUGUGUCAACCCUAAUUGUAAAGGUAUGUACUUCUCAUCAUGUGUCGAACAUAUCAAAUUUGUUGACUUCUGUGGGAUGUACCGUGUCCCUCUCAUGCAUUAUUUAUGUUCAUCGAGGUGUUCCUCUAAGACUCCCGCCUAUUACAGUGCUAAUAUUACUGAAUCCGAGAGUGAGGAGGAUGAGCCAUCAGCAAGGAUGAAAAAAGUUCUUCUUCCAGAUCUUCCAAGUUAUUGAAGUGCAUAGGGAAUACAUUAUAUGGCAUUUUGUUUUGUUUUGAAAGUUUUUCAUUGUAAUUGUGACAAAUCACUGCCAGUUAGCCUUGUACAUGUAAUGAAUUGUUUCAUUAAUGAAAAUAUCAAAGUUGCAUGUAGAGUAUUCUCAAGAUGACCUGAACAGCCACUUAAAACCACUUAAAAUAAGCUUCAUUUAAUCCAGGAGGGUUUUGAAUACUUUAAUCUGUAUCAUAAGUAUAACCUUAAUCUUUGAUACAACUUACUGGUAGAUAAAAUAGUAAACACCAUUGAUUAAGGCAUUUGUUGCAAAGUCAUUAUUCACUGCUUAGUCAUGUAAAAUCCACACAUUUUGAAGAGGAAUGUAUGAAUAAAAAAUGUGAAAUGUAGUAACCGUAUUUGCCAGCAUAUUAGAUGUAUUUUUAAACUAUUUUAAUUAUAUUUUAUCAAAAAACACUCCUGCAUAUAAUGCAUACCAAAAUUUUUCCACAAAAUAUCCUUGUAAAAUAGGGGUGCGUCUGAUAUGCCAGCAAUUAAGGUACUCUGUAUGCUGUGUUGUGAUGUAUAUUAUUUGAAAUUGAAUAAUUGGGCAUGUGAUUGUUUGUGAAUGUAUUUUAAGUUACGAGUGAAUCCAAAAUAGAUUUAUAUGUUUAUUUGUUGUUGUAUGUGUUGCAUGAAAUUCUCAUUUCUGUGCUUAUAUACAGGCAGUCCCCAGGUUACGACGGGGGUUCCGUUCUUGAGACGCGUCGUAAGCCGGAACAUCGUCAAAAAUCCUGAGAAAAUCUUCCUUUUAAUGCUUUGGGUGCAUUGAAAGCUAUGUAAACUGCAUUCUUAUUACAUUUUUCAUAAAAACCUUCAAAUAUUGAUUAUUUUGCAUUUUUGGUGUCAUAUUUCAUCUGCCAGAUCAGUGUUGUAGGUGUCGUAACCCUGGAAGUAAUUUCUGAUGAAUAUAAUUGAAAAGUGCCCUAAGCUCGGAAUGUCUUAAGCCGAACCCGUUGUAACCCAGGGACUGUCUGUACUUUAUACAGUUCAAUGCAAUACUUGUGGAAGUCUUUGUAAAAUUAUGGAAUUAACCUGAAGAAUUCUCGAUUUUCAUGAUGUCCAUCAAUUCUUUUUUUUUUUGUGUGUGUGUGUGUUCUUUGGUGCAGUUUACUUUGCUGUACUUAGUUGUCAAGUUAUCAUACUGUAUAUUACAGCAUAAAUGGAAAUGGGCAACUGCUUUUAUAAUUAAUUAGUCAUUUAUGAAAUUUCUUUUUAAAAUGCAAAUACCAUUCUUACAUAGAGUUGGUUUUACAAAGGUCAUUGUAGCAUAACCCCCUUAACAGUUUCAAACUAAUUUGUAAGUUGUACAUACACAGUAAGACCAUGCAAAAAUAUGCUGUAUUUUACCAAGAAACUUUUAGUUUAAAAUAUAACCGCAAUUUUUAUGGAUUGUAAAAAGUUGUUCAUCAUAAGUUGAUGUACUUUUAUUUUUAUCUAUAGAUUUGUGGCAUAUAAAUACUAGGCCAAAAAUAUAUAAGAUAGGUGUAUAGUUAAAAUUGUUAAUGCUAAUGUUAAAUUUAAUGUAUUACUGCCCUCUGAUGUUUUGUGAUAAGUAAGAUUUUUAAAAUAAUUUAUAUUUUACAUAGGUACACAAACUGUAACCUUUCAAAUAUGGAGUACCUUUCUGUGCAUGCACUGGACUGGCCUGUGUACUAACUAACAAGGGAGGUAACCCAUGAAGGUUGAGGAAUAGGAUAUACCCCAAUACACCAACUUUCCCCAUUGGACUUCUGGUUGAAAGAGAUACGCCACUGACAGAUAGUGGUUAGGCAGUGGAGGGUUUCCUCCAAUAUGAAAGGCUAGAGUUUGUAUACCUAGGAAAAUUACAGAUCACUUUUAAAAAUUUGGUAUUUGUUCCUAUGGGGGGACAUACUAUCACCUUCCAUAAAUGGAGAGAUACUAAUUAGGAGGGAGGUACUGCCAGAAAAGAGGGAGAGUGACCUAGUAGGUCUGAAUGGUGCCAUAAAAGAAUAAAAAAUAGUAAACUUCAGAGGUAUAUAGUAUACAACAAUUUGUGUGAAUUAAUGUGUUCUGCAUUAGAAAUUGUGAGCAAUUCACUCAGUUUUAAAAAUUACAGCCUUCCUUCAGAAAUUAAUUUAUAAAAAUGCAAAGUGAUGCCAGUACAAAAGUUAGUUAGGUCAUUCAUAGAUCUAUUGUUUAAAAGUUAAUGUAUAAAUGCAUUAACAUUGUAACCCAGAAGUAAUAGAUAUCACAAACAACUGGAUAAUCUGUUUUCAAACCUAAUGGGCUGGACUUGAAGUAAAAUUUCUGCAGAUGCUGAAAUACAUGUGGCAAAUUCUGUGAUAUUUUUCAGUAGUAUUUUUCAUUUGAAUUAUUUGUGUAAAUAUUUGGUUCAAAAAGUCCUCUCCAUUUAGAUAAAGUGUGAGGACAAGCAGUUUCUACUUUAGAUAAAGUGUGAGGACAAGCAGUUUCUACUUUGAAUAGUAACUUUUUUUUAGUAACUUUUUUUUUCUUAAAUUUUUUUUUAUUUUAAUUUAUGUAAAAUAUUCAUAAAUCAAUUACUUACCUUGAUGAUUAUUGUAAAUUCAAACUAACUAGGUUUUUGACAGAUUUAUUGAUCAUUUUAUUCCUAAAUGUUAUUCACUAUAUAAUUGUUGUAAGGCAUAUUUCUUGUAAAUAUUAGACCUGAUAUAUGCUGAAUAAUUUUGAUAGUCAUUACAAAUAAUUUGUCACUGAGAACAUACUCCAGUUACUCUCUGGCCUUUGGUUUUGUUACAGUUACUAGCUUUGGUAAACAGUGAGUACAAAGACAUAAUAGUACAAAAUUUACAAUGAAACUAGAGACUGAGACUAAUUUAAGUGCCUCCUCAUUUUUCUAGCAAAAUUUUAUGUUUGUUUCAAUAUCUGCUCAAAAGCAGUGUCUCGGCCAGCAUUGUUAAAUGCAUUAGACCAUUCUUCAAGGUCUUUUUUAUUCUUAAAAAAGGUAGGCAUACACAUGUGUAUUUUAUGCUUUUUAAAAUUGAAAAUGGCAUAUUCAUGUUUUGGGUGAUGCAAUGCCUGCAUUUAAAUUUCAGGCCUAAAGGAGUGGAAAACUGGUUUUCUUCAACCUACGAGAAGAUUUUUUUAUGUCUGUUUAUUGCAUCCUGAGUGAUGCACAAAUAUUUGAAAUAUCGGACUGAUAUUGCUUCUUAGUAAAGCAGUACAUUCUGAUUCCAGGAAAAAUACCACAAUCUUGCUUGCAGGAACUAACAGCAACUGCAUUUUUAAUUCAGGGUGAUCUAAUGUCAAGCCAUGAAGAUAUUCUUUCUGGCCUUAUUUUUAAAGCUUUGAUAUAUUUUCACAGACUGAUAUCGGGCACUUUGAUAUCAGGCACUUUGUGUUCAGUUUAGGGUAACAUGAUGUUCAGUAUCAAUCUGUACUAUUAAAUCUAUCCUGUUUGAAGAUAAAAGCAUGUGCAUUUUGUCUAUAGUUUUCUAAGUGAUGCUGUAGGAAUAAACUUACUAUUUUGUCUAAAUUAUAAAAAGUUUUUUGCAAAUGUGUUAGUUGUUCGCAAUAGAAAUGCAAACUAAAAUUACCAAUGUUCAUAAAGGUCCACAAUAAUACAAAUGUUAAAUUUUUUUGUAAAACUUCAUAAAAACUACAAUAGCUUUCGAACCCUUCUUUGGGUUCAUCUUCAGUUGAAAAAAAAAAAAAAAUUGAACCCAGAGAAGGGUUUAAAGCUACUGUAAAGUUUUAUUAAGUUUUGCACUAAAUUUGAAUCCCCCUCUGUGGCGUGGUUGGUAUGGUGUUGGCAUGCCACCUCAGUGGCCGCAAGUUCAAUUCUCUGGCACUCUGUUGAGGUGUGAGAGGUGUAUUUCUGGAGAUGGAAGUUCACUCUCAACAAAAACACCAUACAAACAAACAAACAAAACUAAUUUUUAAUGUUUAUAUUAUUGUGGACCUUUUGGAACAUUUUAUGAACUCUUGUGAUAGUGUUUUUCCAAACUAAAAUUACCAAUGAUAUAAGUUUGGUGGCUUUUUACCUGCCAGAGAUAGUAACUUUUCCUUUAGCAGGUAAAACAGAAUCCCCAUUAUUUAUUCUUGGUACAUUUUCUAUCGGAUCUAGUCAGAAAUUUGUAUUUGUACAAUGUGUAAUUUGUUUUUCGAAAGGGCAGUUUCUUGUUCCAGUAUGGUACGUACUAGUUAUGACUAUCAGUAAAUUGGCAGUUACUGUACUGGACUUCUUAAAUCUGCUGUAUUGACAAAAACUAAUGGGUUUUUCCCUAUGUAUUAUAUCAGACAAUUAUUAAUUGGUGGAUCAAAUCCCCAGCACCUUAUAAAUUGUAUACUUCAUACAUAUUCAUAUAUUAUACAAUAUGUAUAUUUUUCUUUACAUUAAUUUCAUCACAUGAUUGCUUCAUUAUUGCCAGUCAUCUAUUCAUUAAAAAAUAAUCAUAUAAAGUAGAUAUCUUAAAGAAAAACAUAAGGGACAAAAAGUGCCUUUAGAGCAAGCUUAUCUAAUUUUUGUAUUUUGUUUUGGUGAGAUUUUGUAUAAAAAAAUUACUCCAUUAGUCAUGCACGUUUUGUUUAUAAAAUGUUAGUAUACGAAAAAGUUCAUUAUACGUGUAAAUUUCAUUUGCAUAGCCAGAUUAUUUUAGUUACGUUUGGUUCCAUGUGGUUUUUAAAGUUAUUAGGAAAUUUUUUUAUAUAUCAGAUUUGUUUUAAAAAGCUGGUUUAGGUUUAUGAUAGAUUUAGUAGGAGGUAAUUGUUUUUUGCACGUUAAAAUUACUGGUUUUGAUAAAAUCUUGAAUAAUAUCAAAUUUUAUUAAAAGAAUUUUUUCUUAA